CUCGUGUCCAGUGAGUGUCCGGCACACAGACACAGAUCAGGUGCCCAGGGGACGAUGCGUUUUCGUCAUAUACACGAACUAUUUUAGCUGCAUUCCGUUUGCCUUCGCGUUAUUAUUAUUAUUGCCAAAUCUGAGGGGUUGAUGACGUGUUUAAACGUACACUGUAGAUUUAAAUCCACAUAUUUAUUCACUCUCAUACUCCAACCGGGCUGCACCGCACCUGAUGUCGGCAUAGGCACGCGUUUGCAAGGAUAAUCAUCUUAGAACUAGAACCAUGGAUGCAGUCAUUCAUGUUAUGAAUGACUCCGUAGAGUUUUAUAAAUGGAGCCUUACCAUAGCAGAUAAGCGUGUGGAGAAAUGGCCGAUGAUGUCAUCUCCGCUCCCCACCCUGGGGAUCAGCGUUCUGUACCUGCUCUUCCUGUGGGCCGGUCCCCGUUACAUGCAGAACCGGGAGCCCUUUCAUUUUAGAACAACUCUCAUUGUGUACAAUUUCAGCAUGGUGCUGCUUAACGUCUACAUCUUCAAAGAGCUGCUCCUGGGAUCCAGAGCGGCUGGUUACAGUUACCUCUGCCAACCUGUGAACUACUCUAAUGAUGUGAAUGAAGUCAGGAUAGCAUCGGCUCUGUGGUGGUACUACAUCUCUAAAGGGGUGGAGUUUCUCGACACAGUGUUCUUUAUCAUGAGGAGGAAGUUCAAUCAGGUCAGCUUCCUGCACGUCUAUCACCACUGUACAAUGUUCAUCCUGUGGUGGAUCGGCAUCAAAUGGGUUCCUGGAGGGCAAUCUUUCUUUGGCGCCACGAUUAACUCAGGCAUUCAUGUGCUGAUGUACGGUUACUACGGCCUGGCAGCGUUUGGUCCAAAGAUCCAGAAGUACUUGUGGUGGAAGAAGUACCUCACCAUUAUUCAGAUGAUUCAGUUUCAUGUCACUAUUGGCCACGCAACCCAUUCCCUCUACACGGGCUGCCCAUUCCCGGCCUGGAUGCAGUGGGCUCUGAUCGGCUACGCGGUCACCUUCAUCAUCCUCUUCGGAAAUUUCUACUAUCAAACCUACCGCCGCCAGCCACGCCUCAAACCAGCCAAAUCUGCCGCCAACGGCCACAACACAGCAACCAACGGCACCAGAAAGGCACCGGAGGUGAUGGAAAAUGGAAAUAAGCAAAAGAAAGGAAAGGCAAAGGAUGAAUGAAAAGUAGGAUGGAUAUGGAAGGAUGUGUUAAAGAGAUUAAGCACUGGUUACUGUGGGCUUCAUAAAGGGGACUGAUCCAUGUAAUCACGACCUCUACAGAAUGUUCGGUAAUUGGCUGAGUUGUUUUUUUGUUAAGUUGAUUAAGCAUGGUAGUGAGCAUGUUAGGAUUGAGAUAUUUCAAACUAGGGACAUUUCUAAGAAUCUUACGAAAGAUACUUGCUAACUUGGAGCCGCUGUUUAGACGAUUCCGACUCCGCCAAGCAUUCCAGUUGGAUUCAAUGCAAGAUUCCUUGGCUUCCAGUGUGACAUCACUCUAAAAUGUCCCUAAUGUCAGUUGUUCUCAAUUCUGGUACUCAACGACCCACAGCACUGCACAUUUUGGAUGUCUCCAUUAUCUAACACACCUUAUUUAACUCUCGGCUUAUUAAAGGAGCCUCCAAGGCUUUCUUAACACUGCAGGGGAAAUACGUUUUUUUAGACGACUGUUCAAACUCCCAAGUUGCACGUGGCCAGACCUGAUUGUUUUUGCACACGAAUGCAUGAAAUCCGAUCUCACCAUUCAGUACGUUUACACACGCCGUUAUAAUCGAGCUGGGUGAUUCUCACGAAACCUGUCAAGAAAAUUACCUUGUCCUAUUUUACUCCAAAAUCUAAAGAAACAAAUGAGAAAUCAUUUUGCAUUUCCUUAUGCGACCUCUCGUCCUUCUGCGAGGACAUUGUGUUUUGGCUAAAAGCAUCGUAUAAAAGCAAGCUACUUUGAGGUGUUCGCUUAUCAUCUAGGGGGCUAAAACUCUGUUUUGCAUUUGUUUUUUAACCACAUAACUACUGUUGAAUAUGCUUUUUCACAUCCAUCAAAUCCUAGUUUAUUCUCUUAAUGGUCUUAUUUAAUGGGAGUAGCUGAUGGCACAGAAAUGCCAAUGGCUUUGGACUAGUAUCUUGAAAUUCCCCUCUACUGGUUUCAAUGGCUGCCAAUUUUCUUGAUGCUCUUGAACAGAUUUUUCACUAAAUUAGGUAAAUCAGGGAAUCAUUUCCAUCAGUAUAAUCCCACAAACUAGCUUUCAUAGACUGUUCAAUUUUACAGCUAUUACUAUUGUCUUUUUGAAUAUUGCUUUGUAGUUAAACAAUGGUGUUUUUACCAAUAGGGAAAGUGGCAGUAAAAUGUAAAACACAUGUUGCAACAUGUUACUGAAGACAAUACUGUACUUUUGGAACUGUGCAGUUGGUGAACAAAACCAUUGCAAUCAUUAUUUGCACUUCACCAAACAACGUCCUGAGACAGCAUACGGUAAUGAUGGUGCCAUGGCUUUAUACUCAGGUAGCUUGUAACAGAUGUUUAUCCCACAUUUAAAGUCAGCACAUGCCCACACUCAUAUCCAUUCACAUCUUUGUGUAUUUCUCUGUAUUGCUUUAAACGUGUAGUUCUCAUGACAGUGUCUAGGUGGUCAUAUUGCAUUCGAUGCAUAUUCAAUUUUAAGAAAUUCACUUUUCUCUGUUGCCUGUCUGACCACAACCCCAAAUUUGAAAAACUAGAAGGUAGAAAUCAGAGCGAGUUGUUGUGAACAUGUUACAACAACUAAACUCUAUUUUCUCAGCCGUAAACUGCUGCAGUAAGCUGUAUAUUUCUGUAUGAAUACUCGUAAAUUAAGCAGGUUCUAAUGCUCAGUGGAUGUAUUUCUGAUUUGCUAAUCAUCCUGUAUGCUACAACAGCUUCCUCUAAUAUUAAAUCAUUAAACCAACUGCUGCAGAUCUGAAUAAAAUAAACAGGGUCAACCUUUCUUUCUUUUUCUGUCA